CUGUGGACAUAAGUAUCAUUAUUGUUUUCUUCCACAGAUACCUGUAUCAGCCCAUCGGGCAACGAUUCUGUACUUUCUUCUGCUGCUUGUCUUUCUGGCUGUGUCCCGUAGCCAUCAGGAUGCCAUGCCCAAGUACUGUUCCAUGCGGUUAAUACCUCGUUGGCUUGAAGAGGCCUGUGAAGGAAGGCAAGAUAGGGAUGCCAGUACACGUAGCACACACAGAAGAAGGCCUAUUACCCAAGCCCCAAGAUAUGGAAAGCGGAACUGGGAUUUUGAAGGCAAGAAGUCAUCAUGGUCCCCAUUAUUGGAUAGAGAUCUUCGAGAAAAAUACACCCACAUCCUCUCUGGCGAUUCGCAGAUAAGUGAUCCAACCCGAUUUGUGCCUGCCUAUUUUUCGUCGUCGUCGUCGUCAUCAUCAUCAUCAUCGUCUUCAGCCUCCACAUCGAAUCCACAUCUUCUUCGCCAUCGAAAUCGACUCGUAAGCAUAGACGCAAAAAGCUAUCUGGAAUCAAGAGAACAUCAGCACAGGAACGAUGUGCUGGAACGUAUACAACGGAAAGCCCGGAUACCAGUGGGGGAUUUAAACACCUUUACUACGCAAGCUAUAAAAGAGACCAUAGACAAAAUAUUGAAGUAUGGAGCAAGGAGAAAUGCGAGGACUGUGAGGGAGUCGUAGUACUAUGUUACAAUAAUCAUGUACGAUAUGUAUUUGGGUGCUCUUACUUUCUGUUUCUUUUAUAUUCCAUGUAAAGUGUGUCUUUGUAACGUAUUUGAAAUAUAUACACCCUGCGUAUUGAAUUGUUUUGAAGCGGGAAGAUUGCUCGAAGGUAAGGUCAUUGGCCUAACUUCGAUUCAGUUUUAACUGCGGAUGAGUCCCCUUCAGAUUAGAGAUAUGUCUCCGUCGACGUUCACGUGUAUUAGUUAGAAAAUGAUAUUUACUUUUAUGAGUUGAUUACAAAACCUGUUUGGGAGACGGUCUUUUUUUCACAAUCAUGUAGGCAUAAUUAUGGUAAUCGGGUAGCCCAGGGCAUCCCCAUUUCUCCCCAAGUAUCUGAUUGUGAAAUUAAAGAAUCUCGCAACACUGAAAAAAGGCGGAAGCUGAAAAAUACGUAACAUCAAUACACAUGUGGGGCAAAUGUUUGACUAUUACAUAUUAGUCAUCAUUGGGACACUGUUCUGACUACUUUCAUCAAAGAGUUGUUUUUUCUUCAUUAGGAUAUUCGGUAAAGUAAAAGCCCGUGCAGCAGUUAAUACUUUCCCCAAAUGUGAACCUUCUUUUUUUAAACAAUUGACCUAUUAUCUGAAAUAAGAAUCCCAUAUCAAAGGGUCAGAUGUUAUGAAAAAGGCGGGUAUUACAAAAAAAAAUACGAGUAGAUUCAUAUUUUCUGGUAUAUGGACCUGCGCAUUGACAGAAUACACAAUGGGAAGCUUUUUCCCGAAGAAACUAAUUUUAGCAUUUUUUAUGAACAUCGAAGAAUUCCUUGAAGGUUUGCUCAAAGAACAUCUUGCGAUAGAAAUUGCAUAUUUGUCAAGAUAGUCUGUUUAAUUUGUGUUUUGUGAUAU